GCCCAUGAUAGAGCGUGCUAAUGUUGCUACGACGUUUUGAAAGAUAUUAAGCAAGGUGUUCGUUGACUGUACCAAUGCAGACGUCUUUAGCAUGAGGCUAGAAGCAAGUAGGGCUAAGAAGAAACAAAGCACGUUGUCCUUGAUCAGGAUCAUAAACAGGUUGCUCAUCCUCCACAGCAGACUCAGACCGAGUCCAUUCCGCCGUUCAUACAUUGCAUCUCGAAGGUGCAACACGAACCUGUUUAAAGACAAACUGGCCAGGAUCACCUCGAUGGCCACUAUCGCAUAGAUGACGCUCGCAUUGUACCACGCCGAAGAAGUCAAAGAAACCAAGGCAGGUGCGGAGAAGACGCAUAGCCUAUCACUGGAGAGUGAGUUCUCCGACGCGAUUAUCCCGCCCGAAGGUAAGAUGAUAAACACCAUAGACACGACGAAGACACCAGACUCAAUGGCGAGACAAGCUAGAAGCAGAGCUAAUAUCGUUGUGGACCGCGCGUACAGCGCGUACAAACGUAUCAUAAGCAAUGCGUGUAGCGCCACGACAAUGACCCUCGUCAAACUCUGAAAGAACAUCAAGAAGAAGUAGCCUG